CGCGUACAAUCGUAAUAUCGCAUUGUGACAACAACACGGUCGGCUACGAAAAGACACUGAAGUGCUCUUUCUGUUUUUAUUUUUCUCGAAAUCUACAGCAGUUUAUUUCCGAAAAUGAGUAUAGGCGUCCCGAUCAAAGUGCUUCACGAGGCCGAAGGGCACAUAAUAACGUGCGAAACCGUUGACGGUGAGGUGUACCGUGGAAAACUGAUCGAAGCCGAGGACAACAUGAACGUGCAGAUAACGCACGUGCACGUCACGUUCAGAGACGGACGCGUCGCCCAAAUGGAAAACUGCUACGUUCGCGGUUCGAAGGUCCGUUUCAUAAUACUGCCCGACAUGCUGCGCAAUGCGCCAAUGUUUAAAAGCAAAGCGACCAUGGCCGGUGCUUCCGGCCGAGGCAAAAGCGGCAUGAUUCGAUCUUCGGUUGGUCGCGGCCGGGGACGUGGUGGGCCACCAAUGGGCCGUGGUGGACCACCAAUGGGACGUGGAGGGCCUUCUUCUGGCGGUUCUUGGGGCCAACGUCGUUGAUGUUAGAAUUCAAAAAAAUGUAUAUAUUAUAAUGAACUUUUUUUUUUUUUUUAAGGUAAAUGAUAGGUAAAAAUUUACCUAGUUUUAUAACUCGACUUGACUGAUUUACUGUUAAAUAUUAAGUAUACUCUCACGAGUUGAUUAAAGUUUAAUUUCACUUAUCGCAAAUAUGUUGAUUAAGUUCUUUGUAGUGCACCGUUAGACUACACGGUACACGGUAGUCUAUCGGUAACAGUUGACUCCAGGUAAAGCGCAGUAAGCCACUAUAAUCUUUCCUUUAAAUGUUGAUUUACUUUUUACUAUAAUAUUUACAAAUACUAUUAAAUAUCUAACCAGGCAAAGCCAGGUUUAACAGCUAAUUUAAAAAAAAAAAAAAUUUUUUUGCUGAAUUUUGCAAUCUUUUUUGAAAAAGAAUACUUCAAUUAUUAAACAAUACUUCA